GGGGGCAGUUUUAUGACCACACACGUAUGUUAGCCAGUUUAAACUCAGUGGUGCGAACCUGGAAGCUAACUAUUUAUUCUUCAAAGGAAAGCUGCUGAGCACAGGCCAUACAUAAGUCCAUUAUGGAGAUAUUAUGAGAGAUUAUGGAGAAAAUAGGCAUGCAGAACAUAGAUCCCAUUUAGACAAGAGUUGACCAGAUGCACCUGUUCCACCAGAGUGUUCGGUCACACAGAGCUCAUUUGUGAAUAGUGCGUGUGUGUGUAAUUUUACAACAAAGUGGAAAUACAUACUAAUAAGUUGUGUUGGGCCUGAUCAUAAGCUACUAUAAUAUUACAUACAAUGUUAUCAAUCCUAACAUGUAUACAGGAGGUAUAAAAUACCUCCACAGUACCCUGUGGAGUCUUUGACCACUAGUAGCACUGUGGAACAACGUGGGUCCCCCAUUUCAUUAGUAUUGAGCACGUGGACCAGUACUCAUUAACCCGUUGGUACAAACUCAAUUCCUUUCCUGGCCUCCUCUCCUGACGUCUAAGUCACGCCCACAAGAGAUGCGAGCGGAGGAGGCAAGGAAGAGAUGUGAGGAGAGAGGAGUCGAGGCAACAAGCAUUUAACAAAUGAGACAUUUAUGACACAUGGCACAGCUGCAUCAUUGUUUUAUUAUACAGCUGUUGCCUUUAGGUGAACUCACAACAUGUUUUCUUAUUUUGGUUAAGCAGUAUCUUCCUUCUGGCCCCUCCACUCUCUGGUCUCUUAGUUGUCUCUCUGAUUAAUGUCCCUGAGUAUUGGUCCUCUGUUGGCAGGUUUGUUGUGGUGUCAUAUUCUAUCCAUUUUGUAACGAUGGAUUCAAUGGUGCUCCGUCAGAUCACACACAUUGGUUGCACCAGAUCUCAUUUAGGGGUUUCAUAGCAAAGGGUACAUAUUCACAUUUGUUGUUGAAAACCCAGAAGGCUACUGUAGUCAACCAAUAUCUGAGCUAAGUAUCUGACCAAUAUAAUUGUGAUUCCUGUUUGUAGUUUUUGUAUCCGAGGAUUCCCGUUAACUUCAAACCACAAUAAGAACCAUAAGCGGCAACCAUAAGCAUAGAGCUGAAACCCAAACUAAAUGGGUUCUGGUUCCUGGGAAGUUGGAGGCCAAUGGCUUUCUAGAAACAGAACUUAGUUGAGUCCACAAGGAGCCUCAAAUUGACUUCCUGUGGACUUUCAAAGAGACCCCUUAGGGAGCAGACUUCACUCACAUCUGUUGUUGCUUUUUCAUUUUUGAUGUACAGUCAAUAAGUAUUUUGACCGUGACACCAUUUUUCUAAUUUUGGUUCUUUACACGACUGUAAUGGAUUUCAAAUGAAGCAGUCCAUAUGUGGUUGAAGUGUACACUCUCAGCCGUGAUGUAACAAAACUAUCACAUUACUGUUUAGGAGUUACAGCCAUUUUUACAUUUUUCAGUGGCUCAAAAGUAAUUAGACAAUUGUCUGAAAAACAAUUCAAAACAGUCCAAAUACUUAUGGCCCUGACUGUGUAAGUUUAUCAUAAGUUUUAUAUUCCAUAAUAAAGGCCUAAUAAAUACCAUGAACUCCAACACAAUGUGUUCAUUGAGGGGUUGAUGUGAAUAUAAUACUAGCGGUGUUUUACUCUUUAUAUCAACCAUCAAAAUGCAGCUCUGACAAAAUACUUUGAGAUGGUUACAAGGUCCAGACCUCGCAUUCAUAGUUGUAUGAGGAGGCAGAGGUCUUAGUAGUGGCAUGUAUGCGCAGUAGUGAACCUGUGAAUGUCAGGACGACAGCAGGACAUUAUGACAUCACCAGUAGUUUUUAGCCAAAUAUGGUCCAAUAUGCGGCCUAUGUGUGAAAGCCUCCAGUUUUUAUUAAUUAUGGAUGUUUCUAUGAAGUAGGAGACAUGGGUCCAGUUGUUAGACUUAUGAAAUUAACAAGAUUUACAUAUUUAUAGAUUCUGGAUUUUUCAGAUAGGUAGGAUUAGUUAUGCAUUUAAUAAUUUACAAGUAGUUUCUUAAACUUUGUAUGAAAGAUACUAAAGGAUAAAUAGCAUGACUGAGUGAGUAAUUAAGUGACAUCACUUGGCAGUUUUAUUUCAGUCUUCCUGACCGGUGCUUUAGCACUGGAUAUCUAUCUCGCAUGUGGAGUUGCUAUGCCAAUAAAGUCUGUGAUCAUGCUCUAACCUAACCUCAUCAUGCAUUCCUUCCUUAUAUCUUCUCACAAUUGAGGAAACUGAUAGCAUGUCAAUUUGGCUUGUUUUUCGUACACCUGAGGCUAUUCAGUGUAUUUUUGAAUUUCGAAGGAGGGUGGGGGUUGUAGAUUCUGAAUGGCCGAUGUUCUCCGAUCAGUGGUUUGUGUCAAAAGAUCUCAAGGAUGCCUAUUUUCAGGAGCCUAUUCCACCAUGCCACAGGCAGUUCCUGAGGUUUGCCGUUUGAGGACAGGCUUACCAAUUAACAGUGAUGCCAUUAGGUCUCUCACUGGUCUCACACCAUGCAUAUUUCCAAUGUUUCCUAUCUUACCAUACCUGGAUGAUUUACUUUUUCCCCAACUGUGGAGCAGGCGGUCAGAGAAACAACUAUGCUCUUGGUCAUGUGAGCCAGCUGGGCCUUACCCUGAACUAAAAAAAGAGGAAUAAACCCGGAUAGAAGUUUUUAGAGUUUCAGCAGUUGUUCAGUGGCCGGGAGGCUAGCGCAGCAAAAACGGCAACCGACCUACAGGCCGCCAAUGGAGCCAGAGACGUCGCGUGAAAUCCCGAACGGCUCGGGGUUCCCCAAACCGGCCGCUCCACGGGAGGAGACCCCGGGGGAAGAAGCGAAAGGCGGAGAGUGGAGCACCGUCAUGUUGAAGCGGAAAGGAGGGGACGAAGAGGAGGUGAAAGCGCCAUGUGAGGAUGAAGCAGAGAACCCGGGGGAAACCAAAGGGGAAGAGGAUGCCGGCAAACACGAGGAAGAGUUGGACCCAAGAAUUCAGGAGGAGCUGGAGCAGCUCAACCAGGCCAGCGACGAGAUCAACAAGCUCGAGCUGCAGCUGGAUGAUGCCAGGUCCAGCUACAGGAGGAUCCUCACUGACUCAGCGAGGAAGCUCAAUGCUCAGGGCUCCCAGCUCGGUGCAUGCAUUGAGAAAGCAAGGCCCUACUAUGAAGCUCGCAGACUUGCCAAAGAGGCCCAACAGGAGACCCAGAAGGCAGCUCUGAGAUAUGAGAGGGCCGUGUCCAUGCACACUGCUGCCAGAGAGAUGGUGUAUGUGGCAGAGCAGGGCCUCUUGGCUGACAGGAACACCAUGGACCCAACCUGGCAGGAGAUGCUGAACCAUGCCACCGCUAAGGUGAACGAGGCGGAGGAGGAGCGCCUCCGCAGUGAGCGGGAGCACCAGCGAGUCACACAGCUCUGCCAGGAAGCCGAGGCUCGAGUCCAGACCCUCCAGAAAGCCCUAAAGAAGGUCAUCCUCAAAUCCAAGCCGUACUUUGAACUCAAGGCUCAAUUCAAUCACAUUCUGGAGGAACAUAAGGCUAGAGUAGUACAGCUGGAGGAGCGGGUGGCGAAGGUAAAGACACGUUACUCUGUGGCCCUGCGGAACUUGGAGCAGAUCAGCGAGCAGAUCCACGCACAGAGGGGACAAAUAAGGGCCAGCAGGGGGCGUCCUGCAGUCUGCGGGGGGCGGAGCUCCCCUGUAGGUGCUGAGGCUGAGGUCAGAGCCACCGUUGGGAUUCGCAUCGGGAGUUGCAUCGGGAGUAGCUCUGCGGGAAUCAGCGUAGUAGAGAGCAACUGGGCGGACGGAGAGAAAACCAGGCUGUGGGUGGAGAGGCACAGAGAGAGUGGCUGGGGCCAGAGGGAGCGGCUGGAGGCGGAGCAGGCCGGCUCAGACUGCAUGUCAGUCAUCAGCCUGCAGACCAUCGCCUCUGACCUGCAGAAGUGUGACUCGGUGGAACACCUGGGAGACAUGAGCGACGCUGGGAGUGUUCUUGGUGAGGAGUGGGACCGCGGCAGGAAGCCUAACCAGGAGCCAGUCAGCAGGGAGGAAGUGACCAAGGAGGCCCCGCAGGAGAAGGGAGGGGUUACUAAAGAAAAGCAGGAGAGCUUCAUCAAGCAGCAUCACAGAAGUGUUAGUCUAUGAUAGUCAGGAGGAAGCAGGUGACUGAUGAGGAGUGAGGAUCAUGGUGAUGGCUUAUGAUGAGGGAUCAGAGAGGACAUUAGAGGGGAAUCAAAAAACACUCUGACAGAGGUAGACGAGCUGGAAGGGACGUGAAAUGGAGUUGCUGACACUGAUUGACAGCACCGCCCGGACACUGCAGUUAGCAGGUACAUGGGCCACAGUCCUGAGUCUCUACCUGACAGCAAUAAACAGAGAGAGCCGUCCUGCAGAGAGCACUGACCUCCAUUCACUCUUGUUCUGUGCAGUGUCUCAUCAGGUCUGUUGCUCCACACGCUGAAGCGUGAACCAAAUUGCAUGAAACCAACAGCAGGGUGAAGAAAACUAAAAGUUUUGUGUUGACAUGGUGUCAACUUGUGUUUGGCUUCAGUGGUGGACAAAUGUGCCUCCUGUUCAAAGCGGUACUCCAGUUUGUUAUUACAUUCGUUUUAUUGGAACUUUGGCCAUCAGUUAUAAUAACACUGGAUUUAUGGGAACACUUCAUGGCUUUGGAUUCUGAACCGUGUCCUUUUUCAUUGCACUUCCUGCAGGCCUGCAUGUCACUGUUCACCUUUGCCUUCUCUUCCAAAUAAGUCUGGCUAACGUGAGCUGUUCAUCUGAUGUCUUGUGUUCCCUGAUCCAACUACUUUUUAGUGAUGAUCCCAAAUUUCAGCAAUCAACUGUAAAUAAUGAUGGCCAAAACUAGAAAAAUGACAUAUAGCAGUAUAAUAAUACGAUAAAGUAAGACCCCUAUGAGCAUCGUCUUGAUAAACCCUACAAAUGGAAUAAAAAGGUGCUGGUCUCAUCUUCUAUCACAAGACAUGUAUUUUUAUUUAAAGAUAUAAUAUGCAACAAUUUCCUAAAAAACAAAUGUAUGGAAUGAUACAAAAAUAUU